GGCACUUCCGGGGUUUCUCCGUUGUUCGCCGUGCGAACGAAGCUAACCAAAGUUUUUACGUUUUAAAACUUGCUUCAACCCUCAACACACCGUAUCAACGAUAAUGACGGACCGAUACAACAUCCACAGUCAACUGGAGCAUCUCCAGUCCAAGUACAUCGGGACGGGUCAUGCGGACACUAGCAAGUGGGAAUGGCUGGUCAACCAGCACAGAGACUCGUACUGCUCCUACAUGGGACAUUUCGAUCUGCUUAACUACUUCUCCAUUGCCGAGAACGAGAGCAAAGCGCGCGUCCGCUUCAACCUGAUGGAGAAGAUGCUGCAGCCAUGCGGGCCUCCUGCAGACAAACCCGACGAUGCUUAAGAUGUUAUAGGGAUGUGGGCUUCUUUCAGCCCGUUUUCAGGAUUCCAAGAUUUGUUGGGACAUAUUUUUUAUACAUGUUUGGACAUUUGUCAUGCUCCUGAUCACCUCUAAUAAUGCAUCAUUUUUGAUUGCUCUGAUUAUGUUCCUUGCUACUACAUUCUAAUACAAAUCAGACCAAUGUUGUACUUCGGUAAUAUGACAAAAACAAUCAACCCAGCAAACAAUAGAUAAUGGGCGUGCACCAAUGUGGACAUGGAGGGAACCGACAGUUUAAACAGCCUUGGUCAAGACCAUAACGUGCGUAAAGUCUACAUUGGAAGAAGACGAAAUGCUUUUCUGUCUGAAGUAAUUUGUCUAGUUGCUUGUGGGUGUCUUUUUUCAGUCAACCUUACACUGUGAUAAAAACUGGUGGGGCAAUCAUUCUUAUUUUCACCAUUGAGUUCUCACUAAAGUUAAAAUUAAUGGAUGCCACAAUUUCCUGGUCACAUCCAUGAUUGUGUUUAUGUAAUAUUUUGAUUUCUGCUAGUUUUAGGGUACUGUUGAAAUAGCAGAUGGGUAAACUCUCAGUUGUGUAUGAUCACGAUUUUUUUUCUUCCUUUUGCUCCAAAUGUUCUUUGAUCUUGGCCGAAAUACUUAAAAUGUCCAUGAUUUCAUAAAGACUGCUAUAUAGUGAUAA